CCACUUAUCGUGUCUUCUCUCCCACCACCCCCCCUGGCUAUCCAAUAUUCGUGAAUCUUUUUCUUCUAAUCUGAUGUUGUUUUUUUCCCCUUCUUGAUGGCUUCAACUCCUAAGCGCCACCUUGCUUCCCCGUGAUGCUUGUUUGCUUGUUUCGAGACUUUGCUGUCGGUCCUUCCUUUCGUUCUAUCUAGAGUGCAUACGCGCCUAAUAUCUGAUGUUUCUUCGGAGCAAUCCGGUAUAAUUCGAGUUCCAUCUAUCUAUCUCUCCUUUCAUAAUAUCGUCAGCAGCCAACUCAAUCGAAAAAAAGGUCUCAAGCAAAGCAACGCUUUCAUUCUCUACCUACUCUAUCUCGGGUUGAUCCCGUGUAAUUAGAAACGGCUGGUCUGUUCACUUCGUUCAUUUAUUCGUCCACCAAGUAUAUAACUUGAGUCCGUCUACGACGAGUACGUCGCGAAACCACGGCUUCGACCGAGGGACUAAGUGAGUGAGUGAUCGCUCGUAGUUUCUCACAUCCUAAGGAUGAGGGCGGCGUACCCAGCGUUCUUAUUAUCCGUGCUGAGCUCCCUGUCGCUCGUACAGGCCGGCACAUAUCACUACUAUGACGAACCUGUAAAGAGAGGACUGUUGGACCAGCUACUCGGCAGCCUAGGUGGCGGCAACAAGGGUGAAGGGGAUGGCCAAAAGAAGGGUCAAGGACAAAAUGGCGCCGUCACCGUCACCGAGACAGUUAAACAGACAAUCACAGUCGGCGCCGCCGCAAUCGGUGGAUUAAACGGCACGGCAGCAGCGCAGACGAAGACAAUCACCGUGACCGAAACCCAGGGUGCUGCUGCCGACGGUGACAAGGGCGGAAAGGGACAAGCUAACGGCGCCGCCCAACUAUCCUUCGUAACAACAACCGUCUUCGGCACCGGCGCCGCAGCAACCGUAACCGAGACAGCGCUCGCCUCAACCGUAACGCAACUCUCCACCGUCAUGCAAGCAACGACCGUAAUGCAAGUAUCAACCGUAACCAUGAUGCAAAUGAUCGCCUGCGGUGUGUCAACCGGUACCCCAGUCCCCGCGGACCAAGCCUCCGCCGUUGCAUCAUCUGCCGCUCAAGCCGCGUCCUCGGAAGCCGCGGCGCAAUCCUCGGCUUUGGCUGCUGCUUCGUCGGCGGCUGCGGUUGCUAGUUCGAGUGCUGCGGCCGUGGUCUCGACGCCUCCGGCUGCGGCGACUAGUGCGGCGGCUGUGGUGUCGAGUUCCAGUGCUGCUGCUGUAGCUUCGUCUUCAGUUUCAACACCUGCCGCUGCCUCCAGCUCCGCUGCUGCAGUUUCCUCAUCCACCUCUUCCGCGGCGGCAGCAGAUACAGCCACAGCAGCCGCCUCUUCCUCUUCCUCCGCCGCCGCUGCAUCAUCGAUCCAAGUCCCCGAAGCCGCGCCCUCAUCCGCAACCGCCACAGCAACAGCCGCCGCUCCCCCAGCCGCCCAAUCCUCCCUCGCGUUACCCGUUGAAUCACAGACUGCGCCCCCCGCCGCCAACAACGCAGGCGGAGCCCCAGCUCCCGCUGUUACCGCACCGGCGAAUACUGGGCCCUCGAUUGAUCUUAGCGGGAUUUCGUUGACGAGUGUACUUUCGUUGGGUGCGCUAGGUCGGGUGUAAUGAGUUGGAUUAAUGAUGGGGUAGGAAUACGGUCGGUAGAUAGGCAGAAGAAGGAAAAAGGGAAAGGAAAGGAAAUACCCCCGUAGAACGGAUGUAUAAUAACGGUUUUGGUUCCUAUUAUCGCCUCCGCCAACACCACCUACCGUCGCAGGCAAAUUUGUAGUAUUCCUUUCCUACCUAUCACCUGCCUCAUCUAUUUUCCUUGUUUUUCUUUUUCUUUUUAUACAUAUCUAUAUACACAUGGAUGUAAACGUGAUUUUUGGUAGCCUCGUUCUUGGGGUGAGUUGGGGAGAUAGAAGAGAUGAGGUCUGCGCUUGUUAACACGGAACUUAUUACUUACUGCCAGGAGCAAAUAUCAAAUAGUAUAUUUUGUAUAUAGCCUUCUGUUUCUUGUUGGAAUAAAUGAAGUAUAAAAAUUAAUUGAAUCGAGCUGGCCUUGAUUAA